CCGCCGCCGGAGGCUCCCAAGAUGGCGGCGCUGGCGGAGCGGGGCUACGCGCUGUCGUCCGGGCGGCUCGGCCGCGGCACCCGCGUCUCCGUCUUCCACGUCAAGCUCACCGAGUCGGCCCUCCGCGCCUUCGAGGCCUACCAGGGACGCAAGGAUUCUGUGGUGCUGAGACCUUCGAUCCAGUUCCAAGGAAAACAAGGGCACAUCUCGAUACCCCGGCCAGACUCUGUGACGGAGGCCCGGACCUUCUCGUUUUACCUCUCCCAUAUUGGCAAGGACAGCCCCCAGGGGAGUUUUGACUGCAUCCAGCAGUAUGUGUCCAGCGAUGGGGACAUCCAGCUGGAUUGUCUGGGCAGCAUCCAGGAUAAAAUCACCAUCUGUGCCACGGAUGAUUCUUACCAGAAGGCCAAGCAGAGCAUGGCCUUGGCGGAGGAGGAGACGCGGAGCAGAAGUGCCAUCGUUAUCAAGCCCGGAGGCCGCUACGUCGGCAAGAAGGUCCAGAUGCGCAAGCCUGCACCGGGGGUGUCUGAUGCAGUGCCCUCUCGAAAACGGCCAACGCCCAUCAACCUUGCCAGCACCAUCAAGAAAGGGAACAGCGCUGUGUCUCAGCGGCCUUUCAGAGACCGGCUGGUGCAUUUGCUGGCCCUGAAGCCGUACAAGAAACCGGAGCUGAUCCUGAGGCUGCAGAAAGACGGCCUCGCUCAGCAGGACAAGGAUUCCCUGGAUAGCCUCUUGCAGCAGGUUGCAAAUGUGAACACUAAAGAUGGAACGUGUACCCUAAAGGAUUGCCUGUACAAAGAAGUGCAGAGAGACUGGCCUGGAUAUUCAGAAGGAGACCAGCAGCUGCUAAAAAAAAGGUUCCUUUUCCGGAAACUCUUCCAGCCGCAGAAUCCCAGCUGUGCCCCGGAGAACCCUGCUCUGAGUCCCCCGAAAGACAGUGCGAGUUUAUCCUCUUCCCCUCCCCAGAAACGGUCUCAGCCGUCAGAAUUCAUCGACCCGCUCGCCAACAAAAAGCCAAGGAUCUCUCACUUUACCCAAAGGACUCCCCCCGUUUUCAACGGCAAGCUGAACUCCGCCAACGGGAAGGAGCCCUCUUUGCCCACGGCGGUGGAUUCGGUCAGCUCCAGUUCCCUCUUGCCACCCCUGGAGCCGCCGAGGCCACACGACCCCCUGGCCGACAUCGGCAAUGGUGUGAGCCACAAUGGCAAAGACUUUGAGGCGCCAGAGCCAGCCGAGAGGCUAGCGGCGACUCGGCCAGCUACAGACUACGCCCAGGCGAGCCGGCACAGCUCCGGCUUGCAUUCGAAAACCAAGAAGAAGCUCAAGAAGCACAGGGAGAGGAAGGAGGAGGAGGAGCAGGCCCGAGGGAAGCCGCCUGGCAGCGCUCUCAAGAAGGAGGGGGUGGAAAUGGGUUCCUCGCAAGACGCGGCAGGUUUGAACGGGGCCUGUAACAGCUGCAGUGUUCCGACGUCCACCUCAGAGAUGCCGGAUUAUUUGCUCAAAUACGCCAUAAUCCGCGAUCAAAUCUUGCAGGAGUACUGGAAAAUCAAAAAGACGAACCCCAAUUACAGCCAGGAGAAGAACCGCUGCGAAUAUCUUCACAACAAACUAGCCCACAUCAAAAGACUGAUAGCCGAGUACGACCAACAGCAGUUCCAGUCUUGGCACUGAUGUGGGGGCUGAGGGAGAAGCGCCCAGUGGACACGAUCCUGUGAACCGUUUCCAAAAGGGGGGAGAGGAAAGAACUGAGAUCCUUGCUGUGCUGACAGUGACUGCCGGGCUUUCAGAGCCUGAGGAGGUCAGGAUCCACCGCCACGAUUCCUGUUCUUCUGCUAGAGGAACCGGCCUGCCAGAAGUCUCCGCGGCCUGGGGACAGUCUCAUAUAUUCUCUCUCUCUCUCUCUCCUCUCUCUGUCUUUCUCUCUCCCCCCC